UUCGUUUGACGUUAAGGUCCAUCUCUGUCCUGUGUCAUUGGUGAAUGACCGAAGAUGUCUCACUGCAGGUUGUUUGCCCGGUUGCUCUUGCAGCAGGCAGGAGUCAGACACUGUUAUACUGCUUCCAGGAAGCAUCUUUACAUUGACAAAAACACCAAGGUCAUUUGCCAAGGCUUCACUGGGAAGCAGGGGACCUUCCACAGCCAACAAUCCCUGGACUAUGGCUCACAGUUAGUGGGAGGUGUAUCUCCAGGCAAAGGGGGCAAGACCCACCUUGGCGUGCCUGUCUUUAACUCUGUGAAGGAGGCAAAAGCUGCCACUGGAGCCCAUGCAUCAGUGAUCUACGUCCCUCCGCCCUUUGCGGCGGCCGCCAUCAUGGAGGCUAUUGACGCCGAGGUGCCUCUGGUGGUAUGCAUCACAGAGGGGAUCCCCCAGCAGGACAUGGUGAAGGUGAAGCACAAGCUGCUCCGCCAGGGCAUCACCCGACUCAUCGGCCCCAACUGCCCAGGGGUCAUCAACCCUGGAGAAUGCAAGAUUGGAAUCAUGCCAGGCCACAUUCACAAGAAAGGGAGGAUUGGUAUCGUCUCCAGGUCUGGCACCCUCACAUAUGAAGCAGUGCAUCAGACCACGCAGGUCGGCCUGGGACAGUCGCUCUGUAUUGGUAUCGGAGGUGACCCUUUCAAUGGCACUAACUUCAUUGACUGCUUGGAGGUGUUCCUGAGCGACCCAAAGACAGAAGGGAUCAUCUUGAUUGGAGAGAUCGGAGGGAAUGCAGAGGAGAAUGCUGCUGAGUACCUGAAACAACAUAACUCUGGUGCUAAGGCCAAGCCCGUGGUGUCCUUCAUUGCUGGGCUUACUGCACCGCCAGGCAGGAGAAUGGGUCACGCCGGAGCCAUUAUUGCUGGGGGCAAGGGUGGGGCCAAAGAGAAGAUCUCAGCGCUGCAGUCCGCUGGAGUGGUUGUCAGCAUGUCACCUGCUCAGCUGGGAAGCACUAUGUUCAAGGAGUUUGAGAAGAGAAAGAUGCUUUAAGAAGUCCAGUGACGUCUGAGAAAGAGACCCUCUGAAGAUAACGACAUUAACUGCCAUCUGUCAUCCCAGAGAUGUGCGCUUACGAAAUAUGUAAUAUUCCCAGCCUCCAAUACAAUCCACAUUUCACAGUGUCUCAAAUAUGUUUCUGAGAUCAUUUUUCAGUCUUGUAUCUAACCUCAGAGGAAAUAAAUAUAAAGUCAAAAUACGUUGAUUGUGUUCAUUAAACUAUGACCAGCACCUAUAUAGUAAACAGUAAAUAUAUGUAGAGCAUUUUUAUCCACAACAUUAAUGUGAACUAUACAGUGCUUUAUAAAAUGUAGAGUCACACUGCUGACCAGCUGCACUGCAUUGCAUUGUUUCCAUCCAGUGUCACAGGUCCUCCAUUAUGAACUGCAAUUGUCCUGAAAUACAGAUUCUUUUGUUCCAA